CUCGAUUGCCUGUGACGAGUCUAAAGACAAAGGCGAUAUUGAACAAAUAGCGUUGUUCUGCCGGUAUGUAAACUCUGCCGGGCCACAGGAAGAACUGAUUGAGUUGAUACCUCUAAAAGACCAAACACGGGGGGAGGACAUCUGUGAGGCUGUCUUGAAUUGUUUAAGAGCCAAAGGAAUAAAGACCACCCAUCUGGUGUCAAUAGCUACUGAUGGGGCUCCGAAUAUGACGGGAACGCACAAGGGAUUUGUGGCUUUACUGCAGAAGUCGCUGGACAGAAAGCUGCUGACUUUUCACUGCAUCUUGCACCAAGAGGCACUGUGCGCUCAAACAUUUCCUCCGGAAUGCACAGAAGUAAUGGAUGUUGUCAUUCAGAUUGUCAAUAAAAUAAUGGCAAAAAGUUUAAAUCACCGUCAAUUCCGUUUGUUACUGGACGAGAUGGAAAGCGCAUAUUCUGAUCUCCUGCUGCACAACAAAGUCCGGUGGCUGUCCAAAGGGGAGGUGCUGAAACGCUUUGUCGCGUGUCUGGAAGAAGUGAAAACUUUCCUGGGCAGCAAAGGGCUCAACUUUCCUGAGCUGGAACAGCCAGAGUGGCUGGAAAAGCUACACUUCAUGGUAGACAUGACAGCGCAGCUGAACACGCUGAACACAGCUCUUCAGGGGAAAGGACGCACAGCCCUGCACAUGUUGGAGGAUGUCUUGGCAUUCGAGCGCAAGUUGACAGUGCUUGCCAGAGAUUUACAGAAAGGCACUUUGUCUCACUUCCCCAAUUUGAGAGAGUUCAAACAAGGUCACGACAUGAUAAUUUCGGAGUAUUUACAUUCUGCAAUCAUCGCAAUGCAAACAUCGUUUGGGAAACGCUUCUGUGAGUUCAGAGAGGAAAAAAACACAUUAUCCUUCCCGGUCACUCCCUUAAGCAUCGAUCCUUCCCUACUGAAUACGACUGCAUUGGCAGGUGUGAGUCAACCUGAUCUUGAGAUGGAACUGGCCGACAUAGCCGACAAAGACAUAUGGGUGUCCAAGUUUAGACGCUUGACAGCAGACCUUGAAGAUGUUGCCCGUCAGAAGGCCGUUCUUGCUCAGAAUCACAAAUGGAGUGAUAUUGAAAACCUUCCAAAUCCGGACCAACUUGUGUUUGAAACAUGGAAUGCUGUGCCCGACAUUUAUGUAAACAUGAAAAAGUAUGCGCUUGGAGUCCUGUCGAUCUUUGGAUCCACAUAUGUAUGUGAGCAGGUGUUCUCCAACAUGAACUUUAUUAAAAACAAACAUCGCGCACGCCUCACAGAUGACAGCUUGCGAUCCUGUGUAAAGAUGAAGGUGACGUCAUACAGCCCUGAUGUGCAGACGCUGUGCGCUGAGGUCCAGGAGCAGAAAUCCCAUUAACCAAGCUGACAGCUGGCUGAUGUUAUUUUUGGUUUGCUGCUGGUGGAAAAUUUAAGUUCGGCGUUUUUCAUAAAUACAAGAAGGACUCAAAUAGACAUUGAGUAUUUUACUUUAAAGUAACUUUCAACCCAACGUCUUUUUUUCGGAGUUCAAAAUGUUUUUGUUGCAUGCAGAAAUGUAAUUUCGUUUUCUCUGCAGGAGUUCAUCAAUUUCAUAAAUGCAACACAUUAUAGUUUGUUUAUACAUAGCAUAAAGGCAAAAAAAACGUUGUAUGCAGUGUUAUUUCAUUUUAAAUGUCAAACGGGUUUUGCGGCUCCCAGUGUUUUCUUUUCUGUGGGAAACGGGUCCAAGUGGCUCUUUCAGUGGUAAAGGUUGCUGACCCCUGCACUAGGCCAUCAGACUGCUUAAUUCAG